UCCAUAUUCAACACGGUCUCAGGAAAAUUUAAUAAUAAUAAUAAAAUUCCCUAUCUCCCACCGAAACCAAAUACCACUCUAAGCGACGUCGUUUCUGCGCAGACUUGAUUCCGUCGUCAAGCAUGGCCGUCGCCAGCGGGAGGCCGUUGCCAUCGUCCGACGGCAAAGUCUGGGGUCUGUUCAAGCUUCCUUUCCGGAAUUCGCACCCUACGCCUUCGUCUUCGUCGAAUUUCGCUCAUUAUCAGCCGAAUUACGGUCAUGGAGGCAGUAACCGUCAGUUGUUGGAGGUGGAUGGAUCAAGAGCUCACGACAACACUGGAAAAUCUGUUGCCAGAUCUCUACUUCCCACACGCCGUCGGCUGAAGCUCGAUCCAUCAAACAAGCUCUAUUUCCCGAAUGAACCAGGGAAGCAAGUCCAAAGUGCUAUCAAAAUUAAGAACAGAAGCAAGUCUCAUGUGGCUUUCAAGUUCCAAACAACAGCACCGAAAAGCUGUUUCAUGCGUCCACCGGGCGCCAUUCUUGCUCCUGGAGAGAGUACAAUAGCAACUGUGUUCAAAUUUGUGGAGCCUCCAGAGAAAAAUUCAAAGCCAAUGGAUCAUCAAAAGAAGAAGGCAAAGUUUAAAAUCAUGAGCCUCAAAGUGAAAGAACCAAUGGAAUACACACCGGAACUGUUUGACGAGCGUAAGGAUGAAGUGAGCAUCGAGCAGAUACUCAGGGUUGUUUUUUUAGACGUUGAACGUCCCAGUCCGGCGCUCGAAAAAUUAAAACGCCAGUUAGCUGAAGCCGAGGCAGAAGUCGAGGCUCGCAAAAAGCCUUCAGAAGAUGCAGGGCAUAUGGUUCCGGGAGAUGGACUUGUGAUCGAUGAAUGGAAAGAGAGAAGAGAAAGAUACCUUGCUCGGCAACAGGUGGAAGGUAUGGAUUCAGUAUGAAAUAAAAUAUAAUUAUAGCUGAAAAUGUGAUCGUCUUGCACUUGAUUUUUUCGUUCGAGUCUUUACACACGACACCAACUUCUCAAAUUUGUGCCCUGCCCUUUCUUGUAUUUCCCAUUGCUUUGCUAUUAUGGUGUAAUUGGUAAAGGUUUUUGUGGAUAUUUGGAUUGUCACAUAAUAUUUCACACGUUGGAAAGUCGAAGCUUACAGUUAUAGGUGUGUGUGUUUGUAAUAUUUUAGAUUUUUCUUUUUUAUUUUCAUAGCGUUUAAUGUAAUAUUUUAUAAUAGGAAGAUUUGUGGUUUUCUA